GCUCUUGCAUUGGGACCACUCUAUCGAAAUAUCAAAUCCGUGGUUUCCACAAAAUUAUACACCGAGUGUUAUUGCUUUAACGUCUGGAAUGGAAUCAGGAUUUACGCGAAAGAGCAAGAUGUUGAUGAUACAGGUGUGCUGAAAGAUAGCAGAAAGAUCCAAGAAAUUGCGAGUUCCCUUUUACCAACCAGCUGUUCCAAGGUCACUGUAUCCAUGUUAUCCAUAACAUGGUCUCAGCAGCGCGUCAGUCGUCUCAUUACAACCCGACGUGCUCUGCAUUCCCACAGUUAUCUUAAAGUUUAG